UCCAAACAGUAUGGUCCUGUCUUCAGCCUCCAGUUGGGACUCCAGAAGAUGGUGGUCCUGACUGGGUAUGAGACGGUAAAAGAGGCUCUGAUCAACCAGGCUGAUGCAUUUGCGGAGAGACCCUUCGUCCCAGUCUUUGAAGAACAUGCAAAUGGCUAUGGUAUCAGUUUUUCUCAUGGUGAAAACUGGAAAGUGAUGCGGCGGUUUGCCAUAACCACAUUGCGGAACUAUGGAAUGGGGAAGAGAUCCAUAGAAGACAAAAUUGCUGAGGAGUGCAAAGUCCUGAUAAAGAAGUUUGAAUCUUAUGAAGGAAAACCUUUUGAGACCAUUACAAUUAUGAAUGCAGCUGUUGCCAAUAUUAUUGUGUCCAUUCUACUUGGCAAGCGAUUUAAAUAUGAAGAUCCUACAUUUCAACGACUACUACAAUUAAUUAAUGAAAAUGUCCAUCUCCUUGGAAGUCCCUCAGUCAUGCUGUAUAACAUGUUUCCUGCACUUGGCUUUCUGUUUCGUGCUCAUAAGAUCAUCCUUAAUAACAGAGAUGAGUUGCACGCCUUUAUAACUGCCACGUUCUUAAACCACCUAGAAGAUCUGGACAAAAACGAUCAGCGGAGCUUGAUUGAUACAUUUCUCAUCCAACAGCAAGAGGAGAAGAAGAAGAAGAAUGGUGGAUAUUUCCAUAAGGAAAAUCUGAAAAGUCUUAUGGUAGAUUUAUUCUCUGCCGGCAUGGAGACUACUUCUGCCACUCUAUGCUGGGGAAUCUUACUAAUGAUGAAGUACCCUGAAAUUCAAAAUCUGGCUAAAGAUAUACCAUGCCAGAUUGAUAGAAAACUGGAACAGGUUCUUUCCAAAAUAGACUCUUUAGUGAAAGAAUGUCAACAGAUGGGAAAGGACAUGAAAACAGUCCAGGGAGAAGUACAGGGAAUGAAGGCAAGCAUAGUAAAAAUGGAGUAA